AUGUCCGAGAAGACGCAGCCGUGGAAGAAGGCUUGGCCACCGACCGAGUACCAGGCUGCUUCUGCUUCUGCUACUGCUGCUGCUGCUGCGACGCCCAUCGACUUUGGCGUUGCAGAAGGUGACAUCGUCGUUGUCGACGGCACGGCCGCCAACGUCAAGCCGGCCGCACCGUUGCGGCUGCACCGGUCCGAGAAGACACAGCCGUGGAAGGCGAGCUGGACGGGCCACGCCGCCUCUGCUGCAGCAUGUGCCACCAGCAGCGUGGACUAUGGCGUCGCCCAGGGCGACACGGUCGUGGUCGACGGCACGGCAGCCAGCGUGAAGCCGAGCGCCAAGGUCCAGGCAUGA